AUGUCUCAAUCGCAGCUUGACAUCAAGGCGCUUCGGGCAAAGUUCCCGGCUCUUCAGCAGGAUCAAGUAUUUCUCGACAAUGCUGGCGGGAGUCAGAUUCUUGGGGCUGCAGCUGACUCAGUCAGAGAUUACCUCAUCACCUCGAAUGUGCAGAUGGGCGCCUCGUAUAGUGUAGGCAAACUCUCAGCAACGAAAGUGAACAAGGGCUACGAAGCGGCUGCACGAUACAUCAAUGCACUGCCUGAUGAAAUUGUUUAUGGCGCCUCUUCAACUCAAUUGCUACGCAACCUCUCACUGGGCCUCACCUUUGCUCAAGGCGACGAGAUCAUCGUGUCCACUCUUGACCACGAGGCUAACAUCGCACCAUGGCUAGAUUUAGCUGAGAGACAAGGACUAAACAUCAAGUGGUGGAAUCCAGAGGGUCAAGGCAACAACCCCAAGCUCACAGUUGAGAGUCUAAAGCCGCUUCUAUCCGACAGGACGAGAUUCCUUGCCAUGACUCAUUGCACCAACCUGCUUGGAUCAAUCCACGACGUCAAGGCCAUCGCUGCGGCUGCUCACGAGUAUCCAAAUGUUCUCGUUUGUGUCGAUGGAGUAGCAUAUGCGCCUCACCGUCCCAUCGACGUCAAAGACCUGGGCGUUGACUUCUACUGUCUCUCAUGGUAUAAAGUCUUUGGCCCUCAUAUCGCGAUGCUCUACGGCAGUCGUGAGGCUCAAAAACAGAUUCGCCCACUCGGUCACUACUUUAACCCCGCUGAGAGUCUUUCAGACAAGGCUGGAUUCUCUGCUGGAAGCUAUGAGCUGAUAGCAAGUAUAUCCGUCGUGGUAGACCAUCUUCUUGCUGAGAGCUGGGAUAAGAGUAUUCAGCAAGAAACAGGAAUCCAAAAAUUACUCCUUGACUACUUGACCAAACGGGAAGACGCAACGAUUUACGGAGAACCGAGUUCGGAUCCCAGCAAGCGAUUACCUAUCGUCAGCUUCACCAUUGAUGGAUGGAACUCUCGAAGUGUCGUAGCAGCUAUCGAAGCCAACUCGAAUCUCGGCCUCAAGCAUGGCCACUUUUACUCUCAUCGUUUGGUGAAGGAUGUUCUCGAUCUUGAUACAAACGACGGCGUCGUUCGAGUGAGCAUGGCGCACUACAAUACUCUCGAAGAGAUUCAGGCCGUUAUAGAUACCUUACAGAACAUCAUUGCCAAGCGAUAA